AUGGGAAACAACGCCUCGUCCCCCAAGGCACCUGGCACGCCUGGACACGACGGGAACAAUAUCAGCAGCGGUCGUCCUGUGCAGUACCACCAGCAGCUUCAACAACAGCAAUAUCAGCAGCAGCAGCAGCAACAGAAGGGAACCCGGAAUCCCGUUCAAGUCCAGAACCAGCGCGUCGCGGCACCUCCCGAGCCGUCUAUGGCCCAUGCCCAAGGUUCUACUGCAUCGUCGGCCUCACGCUCUAUCCCGUCCCGGCCCUACAGCACCGCAGCAGAGGCAGCCGCCGCUGCGUCCGCCUCGCCGUCCCGCCAGACCCCCAAGUCCAGCAACACGCCACCUCCGCCGUCCAAGCCCGUCGCCGUGCCUCUGCCCGUGUCCGUUCCGGCAGCCGGCAGCGGCACAGCCAAGAUCCCAGCAGCACCACCGGCCAACGCUAUUGUACCGAGUGCAUCCGGUGGCGUCCAAGUACCGGAAGGCCACAGCGACUACGAGCCACCUCUGAGCCCUUACGCCGACAGCAUGGACGUGCCCAUCUUGGCACACAACAGCAUGCCGGACGUAUCGUACCUGACGCGGCCACCGCGCCUGCCGCUGCCCAUCGAGGAGGAGGUGCACACGCCCGGCUCGCCCAUCAUUGCGCCGCGCAAGGACGGCGACCCGGUGGACGACAUUGAAGCGCUCGACAACGACGGCCUGACCCAGCGGUCGUCUACGCUCAGCUCGGCCACCAUCGAGGAAGAGGACAUGGAGGAGCUGCGCGUGGACAAGACACGGCCCACGGUGCCCACGCGUCUGGAGUGGCUGCGGGGCGGUGAGAAGGUCUACGUCACCGGCACCAUUUUCCAAUGGAACAAGAAGCAGCGCAUGCAUCCAGUCGAAGGGCGGCCUGGUGUGUUUGCGACGACGAUUAAUGUUCUUCCUGGCACACACCACAUCCGCUUCCUGGUCGACAAUCAGAUUGAAACAUCGCGGGACCUGCCAACAACGGUGGAUUUCGGCAACAAUCUCGUCAACUACAUCGAAGUAGCACCACAGAGCACACCACCCAAGGACCAGCGGGGCGUGCCCCCACCGGCGUCAUCCUCGUCCUCUGCUUCAGCCUCCGCUUCUGUCUCUGCCUCUACAUCUGGUUCGUCGAGGGGUGCACCUUCCAGUGCCACCGGCGCGGGCCAGGCCGGCGCGGCCGUCUCGAAGCAGCACCAGGAGCAUCAGAAGCAGCGUCAACAGCAGCAGCAGGCCGCACAUGCACACCAAGCACAGGCGCCCAAGUCGACGGCCCAGCUGAUCGGCGCCGAUUCGUCUGUUGAGCUGACAGACCGCGCGCCCAAAUGGAAGAACCUGCCCGAGCCGUCGGCCUUUUCGCACGAGCUGCCCAAGUUCCUGGUCGACUACGACCAGCCAGACGAUUCGCCCGACUUCCACACUGCGGCAGCGGCGACGGAAAUUCUGCCUAUGCCGCCGAGUCUGCCUGGUUUCCUGGGCAAGCCAAUUCUCAACGCUGCCACGCUCAUUAAGGACGACAACAGCGUCUUGAACAUGCCCAACUACACGAUCCUGAACCAUCUGGCCACGAGCAGCAUCAAGAAUAACAUUCUGGCCGUGUCUGCGACGACGCGUUACAAGGACAAGUUCACUACGAUCAUCAUCUACAAGCCGACCGGAGGUGACGACAUCAAGCGCUGA